AUGAGUGACGUUAGUGACAAAUGUGUUUUCUGUGGCGAAAAAAUUUAUGAAAAAUUCAAAAAGUUUACUCCACAAACUCUAAAUAAGUGUGUAACUGUUUUGGAGUAUCGCAAAGCGAAGCCGGUUGUCAGGAAAUCGAGCAACGCUUAUGCUACUGUCGAACUGUCAGAAGAAACCUCAUUGAACAAUGGCUAUCAUACCCAGUGUUAUAAGCUUUUUACAGCACUUAAAAUACCAUCUGAUUUUGGAAGACAAAUUCAAAUUGGUACAGAAAGUGAGCAGGCACGUGUUAAUGUACCAGAACUUUCUAGAGAGAGUCUCGAGAUAUCUACUCCUAGCACUUUCUUAAUAGGGGCUGUUGAUACAAUAGACAAUCUCACAAUAAUUUUAAGAGCGGGUCCAUCAACCAACCCUGAACCGUACUCGGAUGAUUUUGAUGAUCCGUCAGAUGCGGAUGAGCAGAUCACGAAUGAAGAUUUGCUAUUAAGGGAGUGUUUUAUUUGCAACAAAUCAUGGAAACGCCGUCUUGGCCGCACUGUGCCAUUGGCGGUUAAUAAAAUACGGACAAUUGAAUUGUUAAAAAGUGCAGCUACAGAGCACAGCGACAUUGAAAUGUUGGAAAAAGUCAGUUCUUUCGCGGAUACUUCUACAAUUCCAUAUCAUAAAUGCUGUAAGGAUCUUUACUUGCGAGAAGUUAACAAAAAAGCCGAAAGCGAUUUCGUUAAAAAACGAAAGGCUUCGAAUAGAGCUUACGAAUUAUUAUGUGAAAUGUUGGAAGAAUACGUUGUGAAGAAAAACGAAUGUCUGUUUUUUCAUCACGUUAAAAAGGAAUAUCAGACUCCAUAAGCAGCACUUCAUUUUCAGAUCGCCACUUAGAAAGUAAAAUCAUUGACACUUUCUCAAAGACCAUCAAGAUUAUUUAUGCUGAAAAAAGGAAAUUUCUUGCUCCGAUUUCAGCUGAUAUUGUGGCAUACACUGAUUUAUUUAAAAUCAUGUCUAUGAAAGAGACAAUUCCCUCAGUUGCAGCACAACUUCGAGAAGA